GUGGCGGAGCUGCCGCCGCUUCGGGACCGAGUGGGGCCCGAACCGGGGCCGGGGGGACACGGCGGGGGCACGGCGGGGGCUCCGCGGCUCCUCCGGCACCGCCCGCCGCCCACACGGCGCGGGGGACGCCCGGCGGGGGCGGCGCGGGCAGCUCUGAGGGCGGUGAGGCCUAAACAGGGGCCCGGCCCGGGGGGGUGGGAGGGGCCCGGGGGGGGUCGUUGGGACCCCCAGGGGGUCAGAGUGGAGCCCCGGGUGAUCGUAGGAGCCCCCGAAGUGUCAGUGAGGAGCCCCGGGGAGGGUCGGUGAGGAGUCCCGGGGUGGUCGCAGAAGCCCCGGGAGGGGUCGGUGGGACCCCUGGAGGGUCAGCGAGGAGCCCCCAGGGAUCGGUGGGAGCCCCGAAGGGUCAUUAAGGAACCCCCGGGGGGGGGUGUCAGUGAGAACCCCCGGGUGGUCGCAGGAGCCCCGUGAGGGUCUCGGGACCCCCGAAGGGUCGUUAAGUAGCCCCGGGAAGGGUCACCGAGAAACCCCCGGCCGUGUCCAGGGACCCCCGAGGGGUCGGUGAGGAGCCCCGGGGGAUCGGUGGGAGCCUCGGGGGGGGUCAGUGAGGAGUCCCGGGGGAUCGGUGGGAGCCCCGGGAGGGUCGUUAGGACCCCGGGGGGGGUCAGUGAGGACCCCCGGGGGGUCGGUGGGAGCCCCGGGGGGGUCGGUGGGACCCCCGGAGGGUCAUUAAGGAACCCCCGGGGGGGUCAGUGAGGACCCCCAGGGGAUCGGUGGGAGCCUCGGAGGGAUCAGUGAGGAGCCCCGGGGGAUCGGUGGGAGCCCCGGGGGGGUCGUUGGGACCCCCGGAGGGUCAUUAAGGAACCCCCGGGGGGGUCAGUGAGGACCCCCAGGGGAUCGGUGGGAGCCUCGGAGGGAUCAGUGAGGAGCCCCGGGUGAUCGGUGGGAGCCCCGGGGGGGUCCCGCAGCCCCCGCAGGAGGAGGAGGAGGAGGCAGAGGAAGGGUCCCCCCGCCAUGGCGGCCCCCCCGGCGCUGGGCGGCCCCGCGGCCCCUCGGCCCGACCCGGUGGAGACGCUGCAGGAGGAGGCGAUUUGCGCCAUUUGCCUCGACUAUUUCUCGGAGCCCGUUUCCAUCGGCUGCGGCCACAACUUCUGCCGCGCCUGCAUCUCCCGCCUCUGGGCCCGGCCCGGGGCCGAAAACCCACCCCCGGGACCCCCGGCGGGAGCCCCCGCGGCCGCCACCGAGGAGGAGGAGGAGGAGGAAGAGCUGGAGGAGGAGGAGGAGGACGAGCUGGACGUGGAGCAGGACGAGGAGGAGGAAGGCGGCGGCGUGGAGGAGGAGGAGGAGGACGACGAGAUGUGGGAGGAAGAGGAGGAGGAGGACGCGGAGCUCUGGGAAGACCCCGAGGAGGAGGAGGAGGACGAGGAGGAGGAGGACGAGGAGGAGGAAGAAGCGGCCGCCUGGAGCGAGGGGGCGCGGGGCGGGGGGCUCUACUUCGGCGACGAGGACUACGAGGACGUGAUGGAGGAGGACGUGGAGGAGGAGGAGGAAGAGGAAGAAGAGGAGGAGGAAGAGGAGGAGCAGCAGCGGGGCGAGGGGCGGCCCCCGCGGCGAGCGCCGGGCGCUUUCACGUGCCCGCAGUGCCGGCAGAGCUUCGGGCAGCGCAGCUUCCGCCCCAACCGGCAGCUCGCCAACAUGGUCACCAUCAUCCGCCAGCUCCACCCGCGCCCGCAGCGCGCCCCGGCCCCUCUGCCGGCCCCGGGGGUCGCGCCCGGGGUGCCCCCCGAGCUGUGCCAGAAGCACCAGGAGCCGCUGAAGCUGUUCUGCGAGGUGGACGAGGCGGCGAUCUGCGUGGUGUGCAGGGAGGCCCGCGGGCACAAGCACCACAGCGUCGUGCCCCUCGACGAGGUGGUGCAGGACUGCAAGAACAAACUCCAGAGCCACCUGGAGCCCCUGAGGAAGCAGCUGGAGACGGUGCUGAGGCAGAAAUCCAGCGAGGAGGAGAAAAUCUCCCUGCUCAAGGAUCAGAUGCAGGCUGAGGUGCAGGAGCUGGAGGGGGAUUUCGAGGUGCUGCACCGGUUCCUGGCGGGGGAGCAGGUGCAGCUGCUGCGGCAGCUCCGGGAGCGCCACGAGGCCCUGCUGGGGCGGCAGAGACGGAACCUGGGCGUGCUGGAGGAGAGGACGGCGGCUCUCAGGAGGCUCAUCGGGGAGGCUGAGGCUGCUGCCAGGCAGGACGGGCUCCAGCUGCUCAAGGACAUCAAAAGCACCUUCAUCAGGUGUGAGAACAUCAAAUUCCAGGAGCUCGAGAUGGUGCCCGUGGACGUGGGGAAGAAAUUCCGGAAUUGUUUCCUGCAGGACGUGGUGAUGAGGAAGAUGGAAAAGGUCUUCAGCAAAGUGCCCCAAGCCGACGUGACCCUGGACCCGGCCACUGCCCACCCUCGGCUCAGCCUGUCCCUGGACCGGCGCAGCGUCCGGCUGAGCGAGCGGCGCCAGGACCCCCCCGGGGGCACUUCGGGAGCCCGGAACCCGCCCGGGGGGCCGGGCCGGGGGGACGGCGGCGACCUCUGCGUGCUGGGAGCCCCCGGCUUCAGCGCCGGCCGCCACUACUGGGAGGUGGAGGUGGGCGGGCGCCGGGGCUGGGCCGUGGGGGCGGCGCGGGAGAGCGCCCGGCCCCGCCACAAAGGGGGCUCCGGGGGACCCCCGAAGAGGGAGAUCUGGGCCGUGGGCACCACGGGCAAGAAGUACCAGGCGCUGACGGCCACGGAGCAGACGGCGCUGGCGCCGGGGGAGCAGCCGCGGCGCUUCGGCGUCUACCUGGACUACGAGCGGGGGCAGCUCUGCUUCUACAACGCCGAGAGCAUGAGCCACAUCCACACCUUCCACAUCUGCUGCAGGGAGAGGGUCUUCCCCUUCUUCCGCAUCCUGGCCAAGGGCACCCGCAUCAAGAUCUGCACCUGACA